AUGGCCCCCUCGGAGACCAGUUCAACUCUCAUGCUUUCGCCCCAGAGGAAUGUUACCUUUGCCGUCAACUACGAAGUGUCUCAAUUGGAUCGAUAUUGGCAGAAGAAUCCUCCUCCAGCUCGAGUGGAGAGGAAACCGGAUUCAGGCGUAGAAAAUGUACCAGAGCCUACGGCAGACGGGAAUCCCAAUCGAAGCAAUAACACUGUGACAUCUACUGCGACACGAUCUUCAGGUGUCAACAUUGAGAAAGUGACCACCACCAUGGACGACCCUGUUCGAAGCCCCGAGACGACCAAGACGUUGACGGCCCUUUCCGAUGAGGAUAUGAACAGUAGUGGCAAGGAGAACAAGAAGAAGGUUGUUAUAAUCAAGUCUCCAACCCAAGAACGUCAGCGUCGAUCUACCCGUGAGCAGAAGAAGAAGGAAGUACCCGUCGAACGGACUCGAGUGCGCUAUGAUAUGGAGCUGGUACCAGCUGUGAAGCGGAAUAGAGCCUUUCUAGACAGGUUCCCUCUUUGGUCAACUCCUUCAGACACUCGACAAGAUAAGAUCAAACGCUUCCAUUAUCGCCAACAAUCUAUCAUUAGGGAACAUCAGCAGAAACUUCAGGUAGUGCAAAAGCAGCCUUUGGAAGAGAAGAAACAACCCAUUGUCAAGGAACCACAAGUGGCAAACAAUGGCUGGAUUGUGCCUGGUCAGCCCCAGUCUUCAUCCUUGAUUCAGGAUGAUGAUACUAGUCCUGAGCUUGUGGAUGAUGAAGUUUUGACACCCUUUGAAGACGACUCGAGUGUUAUUUGGGUGCCAAAGAAGCGUUCCGAAUGGGAAGAUAGCGUCUUGGAAAUGACGGCUGUGUGUACUUCAGCAGCCAUGCGUAGACACAUGGCAACCCGUGGGAGAAUACCAUCCAACAAACCCUUUCACCCACCUCUUUCGAAGGAAUACAUUCGUGAUCGGGUGGAUAUUGACGAUCCUUUGCAAGGAUAUCAAAUCCGACACAGAACUGGCGGGUGGCUGCAAGGAUUCAUUCUUUGGACCAACUUUUAA